AUGGAAAUGCAAGAACCGAAAAACAACAAUUAUGCACAUGAAGACAUAAUUACAAUAGAAGGUUUGAAUAAUCAUCUUGGAAAUAUAAAUCAAAGUAUUUGUGAAGCGGAUAACAAAAUAAUUCAUUCUUCUAAAUCUUUUAAGAAAUUGAGAGAAAAUUGUGUAACCAGAAUAGAGAGUAUUCGACAAGAAUUGAUUAAAUGGAUUAAUGAAAUUAAUAAAAAAAAUGUUAUAAAUGAUGAAGAGAAAAAGAAUAUUGAAAAUAUUAAAGGUAAAUUAAUUGAACUGCAAAAUAUAAUCGAACAAAAAUUCUCAUCAUCUACGGUUGAAAUUUUAGGUAAUCUUGAAUCAAUUCCGAUUACUAUCAAAACUCCCGAAAUAUCCGAAUUGAAUUUCGAGAAUCUAUCUUUAUAA